UUCAAGAAGACGACGCGCACGUCACACCGCGCUCACGUUAGAGAAAACUUAGACCAAACGUAAAGAAAAGUCAAUCGGCGCACGUUAGCUAGUACCAUCUUCCCUUCUUCACCAAAUUGGAAAAUCGCAGACGAUCAGAAGGAGAAAAUAACCAUAAAACCCGCACUCACCGUCACCGAUCACUUCCUUCUGAUCGUCUCCGACCAAUUCUCCGGUCAUAUCAUAUCAAUUGCGAUUUCAUAUAUAGAAUUUGUAUUUUAAAAAAGGCACGAAAAUGUGGGUAUUUUAUUUGAUCUCGUUGCCAUUAACCCUAGGCAUGGUGAUUUUGACAUUAAAGUACUUUUCUGGUCCAGACGUGCCUCGUUACGUAUUCUUCACUGUUGGUUAUACCUGGUUUUGCUCUAUCUCCAUUAUUAUCCUUGUGCCUGCUGAUAUUUGGACGACAAUAGGUGGACAUGGUAAUGGAGGCAUAUCAUUCUUUUGGAGCUGGUCGUAUUGGAGUACAUUCCUACUUACAUGGCUCGUGGUUCCCCUCAUUCAGGGUUUUGAAGAUGCUGGAGACUUUACACUUGUAGAGCGAUUGAAGACUAGCAUACAUGCCAACUUGGUCUUCUAUGCCAUCCUGGGAGUCGUCGGUCUUCUUGGACUUAUUCUCCUCAUUACCAUGCGGAAACGUUGGGAUGGUAAUGCACUGGGUUUUGCUAUGGCAUGCUCAAAUACUUUUGGACUUGUGACUGGUGCUUUUCUUCUUGGUUUUGGUAUGAGCGAAAUUCCAAAGAGCAUGUGGAAAAAUGCGGAUUGGACUACUCGUCAGAAGGUGCUUUCUCAUAAAAUUACCAAAAUGGCUGUGAAGCUUGAUGAUGCCCAUCAAGAAUUAUCAAAUGCUAUUGUGGUAAGUCUUGCUUAUGAUUCUGCUAUGUGUUCAAAAUAUGCUUUCUACCUUGUUCGGUGGGUUUGGGGCUUUGGGCUCAUUUCUGUACUCAGGUUACAGCUUGCAUUUGAAAUGUAAUUGAGAUAUUAUGCU